AUGUCAUCGGGCGCGCGGGAGCUGAAAGAGCGCGCCGUUCGGUCCUUGAAUUGGAAAUCCAGGUGUUUUAUCGCCGACACGCUUCCCUCCGCGGGAGCGGUCCCGUUCGUUCGACAAUUUUGCGAGCACGUGAGAUCGAGCCAAUGUUCGUACGUGACUCGCUUUCGACGGGCGACCGGCGCACGAGGACCUCCCUCGCCCCCCGGCGGGCGAACGUAUCGCGCCCUCGGCGCCGUUUAA